UAUAUUUAGUUGAGUUUUAAACAUUUUUAAAAAUUUGACCAUGAUCAGAAAACAAAAUAAAAAAAUGAAACCGCUUUGCCCUUGAAUAUCAGAUACCAGUUAAAGUCGCACUGAUCACAACUCAGCCGGAGUUGGUCGUCUUCCGCCACCAACGGCCAGAAACUUCGUCCAUCAUUUUCCUUUCGGAUUUUCCUUCUCCUCUCCGCACCGCAUUGACAACAUAGAAGUUUAGGUUUUGAGUAGUUAGGGUUUGGGUUGAAAACAAGGAAGGAACAUGGCAUCUUCGGAUGAUGAAUCUGAUACGCAGCCACUGUCUGUGUCAAAUUACCAUUUCGAAGAUGACAAAGACGCACCUGUAUCUUUUUCCGUUUUACCGAUUCGAUGGAGCGAGUCUGAGAGUGUCGGCUGCAAGAAAGGUAAGGUGUUUCUUCAUGGUAACGCGGAUAAUGGUUUGCAGAAAAUUUUCAUGCAAGUCAUAGCAUGGAGGUUUGAUCUUUCCAAUGUGAAGCCUGAGAUAUCAGUGCUAUCAAAAGAUGGGAGAUGGAUCAAACUUCAAAAGCCAAGGAAGAGUUAUGAGGAUACUAUAAGGACUAUUUUAAUAACGGUUUACUUCUUGCAUUAUUUGAAAAAGAAUCCCGACCCAUCUGCUAGAUCGGUGUGGGAUAGCUUGAGUAAGAAUAAGGAGUUUAGCUAUUAUGAGGUAAAGCCUUCGCUAAAUGAUUUGUCAAACCAUAUGGGUUUAAUGGGGGAAGCUGCUACAAGGGAUGCUGUCUUAGCAAAGUCCAAGCUUUUGCUCACUGUUCUGGAAGAUAAGGAUAGGAUGAAGAUUAAGAAACUUUCUGAAGAGGAAGUUAAAGAGCUAGCACGGCCCGGGUUUAUAAUUGAUGAUACUGACAAUGGUACAAUUGAUGAAACUGUUGAAGAGUCAGAUGAAGAGGACGAGUUAUUUGAUUCUGUUUGUUCCAUUUGUGACAAUGGUGGUGAACUUUUGUGUUGUGAUGGAAAGUGCAUGAGGUCAUUUCAUGCUAAUGAGGAGGAUGGUGAGGAAUCUUCUUGUGUCUCUCUUGGUUUUAGCCGGAAGGAAGUUCAGGAUAUCCAAAAUUUCUAUUGUAAGAAUUGUGAAUAUAAUCAACACCAGUGUUUUGCAUGUGGCGUACUAGGCUGUUCUGAUAAAUUUACUGGUGCUGAGGUCUUCAAAUGUGCUUCUGCAACCUGUGGUUUCUUCUAUCAUCCACAAUGUGUUGCUAAGUUACUUCACCGGGUGGUUGAGAGUGUUCCGAUGGAACUAGCAAGAAAUAUAUCUAAGGGGGAACCUUUCACUUGUCCUGCUCACUAUUGCUGUAUUUGUAAAGAAAUGGAAAACAGGCAAGAGCAUGAGUUGCAAUUUGCUGUUUGUAGGCGUUGUCCCAAGUCAUAUCAUCGCAAAUGUUUGCCAAGAAAGAUUGCUUUUGAAGACAUAGUGGAUGAAAACAUUGUAACAAGGGCUUGGGAAGAUCUUUUACCAAACAAUCGCAUUCUUAUUUAUUGCUUAAAGCAUGAGAUAGAUGAUGAACUUGGAACUCCAAUAAGAGAUCAUAUAAAAUUCCCCAAUGUUAAAGGUACUGUUCGAGAAAUUAAUACUGAGGAGAAGAUAAAGCCUUCAACCAAAGAAGUUAUAUCAAACAAGAACAAUGGUAAUUUACCUAUCAAAAGAACUAGUGCUAAGUUGUCUGAUAAAAUGUCCUACGGAAAAGUUGGCAUAAAAAAUUCUGGAAAGAUUUCUGGAUCCAAUAUCCCUAGAAAGAAAGCAAAUGAAGCACCAAGAAGGUAUUUGAAUGAAAAUAAGAGGUCAGUUUCAAAGGAAACUGAAAGGUCUGACUAUGAGGAAAAUCAGCUCUCACUGGGUGUGCAACUAUAUGAUCUCUACCAGAAGGGUUCUGAGCAAGUUAAUUCUGGUAAUCAGGUCGAUAAUGUAGCUGAUAACACCCUGUCUAUUCAGCGUACUAAAAAGCUGAGCAGUGCAGCACCCCAAUUAGACGCAGAUUCAGAGAGGAGAUUAUUGGCUUUGUUUAAAGAAGCUACAUCAUCGGUUACUCUGGAGAAUGUCAUAAAAGAACAUAAAUUUGCUUCUACUCAUACUCACUCGCUGAAAAAUGUUGUGGAGAAGACUAUUACAGCAGGGAAGUUAGAAGGGUCAGUUGAGGCUGUUCGAACAGCUAUAAGGAUGCUGGAGGACGGACACAGCAUUCGGGAAGCAGAAGCUGUUUGUGGUCCCAAUGUUCUGAACCAGAUAUUCAAGUGGAAGGACAAGUUGAAAGUAUAUCUUGCACCUGUUUUAUAUGGGAAUCGCUACACAUCUUAUGGUCGCCAUUUUACACAAGUGGAAAAGCUGGAAGGGAUUGUGGAUAAACUCCAUUGGUAUGUUCAGAAUGGUGAUACGAUUGUGGACUUCUGUUGUGGUGCUAAUGAUUUUAGCACUCUCAUGAAGAAAAAGCUUGAAGAGAUGGGGAAGAGAUGCUCGUACAAAAACUUUGAUUUACUUCCAACAAAGAAUGAUUUUAAUUUUGAGAUGAGAGAUUGGAUGACUGUCCAGCGAAAGGAGUUGCCUUCUGGAUCACGUUUGAUCAUGGGCCUCAAUCCCCCCUUUGGGGUUAAAGCAGCUUUGGCUAACAAGUUUAUAGACAAGGCUUUAGAGUUUGAGCCUAAGCUCCUGAUUCUUAUAGUACCACCGGAGACACAGAGGCUGGAUAAAAAACGGUCUCCAUAUAAUCUUGUCUGGGAGGAUGAGAGGUUUCUAUCAGGCAAGUCGUUUUAUCUACCUGGAUCAGUUGAUGCUAAUGACAAGCAAAUGGAGCAAUGGAAUGUAAAGCCACCCCCACUCUACCUUUGGAGUCGUCCAGACUGGGCUGAUAAACAUAAGCAAAUAGCCCAGGAGCAUGGUCACUUGUUCAGACAGCCCGACGUAUCGAAAGUGGUAAGCAUUGAUAAGGAGAAAUCACCAUCAAGUCAUACUAUGGAUGAAGACUAUGUUGAUGAUAUCAUGCUGGACCGUAUGCUGGAUCGUGAUUUCUUGAAGUCAAAUAACAAUGAAGAUUACCCAUUUAUGGAAAGCAAGCUGAAAGGCAUGUCUAGUGGAAACGUUGAUCGAGAGAGUCAAGAGAGACAGGAGUAUUUGGUGACUAAGGUUGAGAACACCUCAUGGAAAAGGAAAGAAAAUGAUGGUAGAGGACCAGCUGUAAUCUCACCAGCUAAGAGGCAAGAUAUUAGUGAAAUUCACAAGGGAGUGCGGCACCAUGGUACCUCCAGUCCACUUGAUGUUGAGGGAUAUCAGCCAGAUAUUGAUAUGUUGAUAUCUCCAGAUAGAGAUGCUGGUGAUAUUGAGUAUACGUCUCUGGAACCUCACUCUUCUGCUGGUGGUGAUGGCUAUAGGCAUGUGGAGCCUCUCCCUUCCUCACUGAUGGAAUUUGGAGAAGCCUAUGAUGCACCCCAAAGUUGGCCAAAUGUUAGUGACCCCCUUCCUGAUUACAGGUUGAAGGAUUUACAGGAACACAAUAGCAGACUUCUGGGAGACAGCGCAGGCAACCUUAGAUAUAGACCCUAUCCCAGGGAGGAUGAUAGUUACCUGAGGGAAUUAGAGACAAGGAAACAGGUUCACCCUCACGGGCUUCAGCCUCCCGAAUCUAUGAGUAGUUAUCUCUCUGGUCAUGAUCCUGCUUAUAACCAAAUAGGAUCUACCUAUUCAGUACUUGGUUCAGGAUCUGAAUUGUCUUACAUGACGAGUACACCAGCUAUGCAACGAUAUGCACCUCGUCUCGAUGACUUAAACCAUGUUAGGACAAAUUCUUUGGGACCUGAGCGUCCUAUAGUUGGUGGAAGUGACGCCUUUGAACGUAGUAUACCCCAACCCGGAUAUGGAAAUGUGCAGCCAGGUUUUGCAGCUGGUCCUCCCCAGUUGUAUCCACGCCAUAAUUCUUCAAACUGGUCCAGGGAUUAAUUCUAAUGUCCACUUUUUAGGUGUUAUCCUUUCUUCUGGAUAAAGAUGUAAUAUUCUGUACAUAUAUGAUGUUAGGAAUAUUUGAUUGUGCCCUCUUACAUCCUUAGGCUUUACAUGAUACUCUUCUAUCUACCUCUUUCAUGAAGAGCACUUUUUGUUGUCGCCGGGAUUGUUUUUGGCCCCCUUUGGGCAGUGACUGUGUAAUCAUUAGAUAAUGUAUGUGACCCUAUAGCUGAAAGAUCUGCUGUUCUAUUAGAUUGUUUUUAUCAUGUACUAAAAUUUCACAUAAUCUUGCCACCCGAAAUUUAUGUGAUUAUAUUUCAAGAGUCUUUAAUUCAA